UGUUAGGAGCAGCGCUGGAAAAUUCAUUUACUGAUGAAGCACACUUGCAAUUACACAGUUUCCCUACUCCAAAUAUAAAAACUGGUAGUUUUGUUUACGACGUUGUGUUGCGUGCACAAUCUUGGCAACCUAGUAAGGCUGAAUUGCGUGCCCUCUCCGCUGAGAUGGUUAAAUUAGCAGCAAAAGAUUUGAAAAUCGAACGUCUUGAUGUCAAUAACGAACUUGCUUUGGAAAUGUUUGCCGAUUCGCAUUAUAAACGCGAGCAAUUGCCCAGCAUCGCACAACAGAAUCAAGGACGUGUUACACUCUACCGCAUUGGUACUCAUAUAGAUAUAUCACGUGGUCCUAUGGUCGCCUCAUCACGUUUUCUUGGCAAAUGUACAGUAGCAGCUGCGCAUAAGAUUGCUAAUGAAGGCGAUAAAGAUGCGUUGUAUCGAGUGCAAGGUGUUGCCUUACCUGCUGGAUUUACGUUAGAUCAUGUAGCCUACGGUACAUUAGAGGAACGCGCUAAGAAAUUGAAUCCUGCACGCUUACCCAAUGAGCCUUUCGAAGAAUCACAGCAGCAGAUAGCUUGAAUGAAUGCGACAAGUUAAUUUCAUUGAAAUUUUUGUUUUAUAUAUAAAUAAAUGCGCAUAAAUACAUUUAAAUUAACUUAAGGCGUGCUUUAGCCGAUCAACAUACCAUUCGCCUAAAUGUAUGCUACAUUUCUGCAUCGCAAGCUCACUAUUUUGUAGAAGGAAGUUGAAAAA